UAGUCAAGAACCUAUUUUCACAAUGAAAACUUUCCUAGUAAUUCUUUUCGGGUGCUUAUGUAUUAUGAAAAAUGGUUUAGUAAAAGCCGAAGAAAUAGAAGCAGAAGCAGAAGCAGCGAGUACACCGUCAACACCAGCAUAUUGUGAAGAGGCGGGUCUUACCUGCUUUGACUGUGAAACUUUACAAUCCUGUGCAGAGGAAGGUGACGCCGAGCCGGAGUUCACUAUUCAAUGUAAAGUACAAAACCCCAAUCUUCCAUAUUGUGAUAAACAGACAGGGCAAUGCGUAGCUGAAAAUGUAUGUGAUCCAGACACAGAAGCACCAGAAGUAAAAGAAUGCUAUAAUAAUGGAACACGUCCAGAUCCAACCGAUUGUUCACAAUAUAUACAAUGUAUAUCUGAUGGAGAAAAUGGAUUUAUAGGCACAGUCGUAAAAUGUCCACAGCGAACACAAUUUAACGCUGCACAAGGUAGAUGCAUAACUAGUACACAAUGUCUUUCAAUUGAUCGAUAUUGUAAUACCGCUAAUGCAGGCAAGCUUAUCAGAUAUCCACCAUACCCAGCGAACUAUGCUAAAUGCCCUGCUGCUAAUUCAAACGAAAAAAUUAUUGUGAAACUAUGCAAAGGUGAAUAUGUAUUCAAUCAACAAACUGCCGUUUGUGAACCCGUUUGCAAGCGAGAAGGCUACAUUGCGAAUAAUUUAAAUUGCCAUGCGUAUUAUAAUUGUGUUCGAACUUCAAAUGGAGCAUAUUCGAUAACAUCAAAUAUUUGUCCAAAAGGUUAUGGUUUUAAUCCUGUUACAAAAUCGUGCGAAAAGAUGUCAACUUGCACGAAUGUUGGAAGAUCAUUGUUUUUAAGACGGAAAAGAGAUUUACUUGAAUCUCUUACACUUUCUGGUUAUUAUGAUGUGUUAUAAAAUUACGAAUUAUUUUAAUAAUAAUAGAAAAAUCGUUUUGUACCAAGGUGGAAAAGUUCUUCUAUAAAUUUUUUCGAAGAAAAUAAUUUUUAAAUCAUUUUCCAAAAAAUAUUAUUUAAAAAGUUUCGUCUGGAUACAACAAAAUGAUUUCCCUACUUGUCAGCUGUAUAUAUUGACGUUUAAAAAAAGUUUGUCGUUAACUUGUAAACUUAUUAAAAUUAUAUGACGACACAGCUAAGUGAUUUUAGUGACAAAGGAAUGUUUGUCAUUUUAAUAAAAAGAAUUUUAAA